UUAGUACAGCACUAGUUUUAUAAAUAUUAAAACUAUCUGCUCAAAUUCUGCUUCAGUGUCUACAUCCCGUCUUCAGCUUCUUCGAAUUCAAGCUCCGAGCUCGGCCUACUGUUCUUCUCGUCGACAGUAUUUCAAAGUCCGUCAUUUCCAUUGGGACAGACCCAAAAUGACUUCAGAGAAUCUACACCAAGCACAGAAUGGCAUCAAUGGCCACAAAGAUCUUGAAGGUCUUGGCGGAACAACAGACCUACCUCCCGCAGACGGACCUCACAAGCAGCAAAACGCCUGGUCAACCCCAGGACCAGCUGCUUUUGAUUUCAGGAGCGACGUAGUAACAACACCAACCCCCUCAAUGCUCGCCGCAGUACAAAACACUACUCUCCUCGACGACGUAUUCAUGGAAGACCCAACCACCACCUCCCUCGAGUCCCACCUCGCAACUCUCACCUCGCACGAAGCAGCUCUCUUCGUCCUGUCCGGCACAAUGGGCAACCAACUCGCGCUCCGCUCGCACCUCACCCAGCCUCCGCACUCCGUGCUCUGCGACUACCGCGCUCACAUCUCGGAGUGGGAAGCUGGGGGCGUGGCUACGCUCUCCGGUGCGCUGGUUAGAUGCGUGGUACCUAGCAACGGGGUUUAUUUGACAUUGGAGGAUAUCAAGAAACACGUUGUUCUAGGAGACGAGAUACAUAGUUGUCCCACUAAGGUCAUUUCAUUGGAGAACACGUUGGGUGGGACGAUCAUGCCAUUGGAAGAAGUGCGACGCAUAGCAGCAUUUGCGCGAGAGCACGAGAUUAAGAUGCAUCUCGACGGAGCCCGGAUCUGGGAAGCUGUCGUUGCAGGUGCAGGGUCAUUACCUGACUACACUAAAGAAUUCGAUAGUGUCAGUUUAUGUUUCUCGAAAGGAUUAGGUGCGCCUGUGGGAAGUAUUCUAGUCGGGAAUGCGAAGUUUAUUAAGCAUGCUAGGUGGGUGAGGAAGAGUAUCGGUGGUGGUCUACGACAGCCUGGUGUGGUCACAGCCGCGGCUCGAGUCGCUGUAGACGAGACGUUCGGAAAGGGACCGAAUGGUGAGGGUGGUCUUUUAAAGCAAAGUCAUAUUACAGCGAGGAGGAUCGCGAAGAUAUGGACAGAUAUGGGCGGGAAGCUGGAUCAACCAACUGAGACGAAUAUGGUGUGGUUUAAUCUUGACGAUGUUGGACUUUCAGAGGAUGAGUUCGUGGAGUUGGGUAAGAAGCAUGGAUUGAGGCUGCUAGGUGGACGUUUGGUGGUGCAUUACCAGAUUAGCGAUGAGGCGGUGAUUAGGUUGGAAAAAGUGAUGAAGGAGGUAAUUGAGAAGAAGAAGACGAGUGGAGGUGGUGCUGUUGAGAAGAAAGGUGGCGAGAAAGCCUAUGGGACGUGAU